AUGGAUGGAUCCCAAAGAGUAACUGCUCUGAACUCAUCUAUAUCUGGCUUGUCACUGCUUACUGUUACUAAUGACCAGGAGAAAGAUAUCACCAACUCAUCUGUUUUUAAAACCGGAAAAUCGCUAGAAGUGGAACAUAAGAAUUUAGUAUGGAUAGAUCAAUCAGGGAAGUUUAUGCUGAAUAGUGAUGAUUCGUCUCGCAACUCAAGUUUUUCACCGUCAUCAAUAAAUGGAAUUACUGAUGUUCGACGGAGAUUAGAGAAGCGAAAGCGCAGGGACUACGUAAAAUACUCAGUUCAUGGAACAAAAGUGGAACAAAUAGAUAGAAAGCGUGUGAAAAAUACAUUGGCCGCUAGAAGGUAUCGUGAAAGACGACAAAAAGAAGUCGAAAUACUCGAUGAAAGGGUCAGGGAGCUUGAAAAAGAGCUAUCCUCUUCUCUUUUCGAAGCAAGAUGGUGGAAAAUGGAAGCACAGAGAUGGAGAGAAUUGUGUGAACUGCGUUUGAAAAAUUGA